CGCUCACACACGCACAGAGAGGUAGACCACCGCACUGUCCCUCUCUCUCUCACACACACGCUCACACACGCACAGAGAGGCAGACCACCGCACUGUCCCUCUCUCUCUCACACACACGCUCACACACGCACAGGCAGACAGACCACCGCACUGUCCCUCUAUCUCACACACACACACACACACACACAGAUGCAGUAGACUGUUGGACACACCAGGAUCAGGCGAGGAACGAUGUGGACUAGAGGAACUUUUAAUCCCUGUGACAACUGAACACUUCAAGACUUCUGCUUCCGGAACCAGAACCACCGGGCUUCCAGAACCAGAACCAGAACCAUCGGGGUUCUAGAACUAGACCCAUCAGGUUUCUUCAGCUUCUUGAGGAUGAGCAGUGCUUGAGUGGCAGCUGGGGAUACUCUCUUGCCGCAGUGUCCAGUGUUGUCCAGUGCAGUCUAUGGUGCUGACCCUCACGGCUGGGCGGCCUGAGAGGACGAGUCCGUGUGGCACCAUGAGUCUGAGGAAGAAGCGGCCCGGCGUGGCAUUCAGCUGGCACAAGUCCUUUGCCAUCCUGGCACCCUGGAGAAAAGGAAAAGGUGACGUGUUGUUGGACAGCGAGGUUGUGCUCACCAAGAUGAAGGUCCUCAACAGCUUUGAGAAGCUGCUCAGCCUGGAGGACUCGGUGUCCACCCUCUCCUUGUCCGUCUCCGAGCACGGCAUGGCCGACUUGUCCAAAGCCACCGAGGUGAGCUCCGUAAAGAGCGCCCCUACUGGUCAGGAGUCCAAAGACGACGACUACCUGUCGGCCAUGUUCUCCGACCCCCAGCUGCCGAGGCUCUACAAGUUCGAGUCGGAGGACUCGGGCGUGGAGAUGCCCAGCGGCGCCAACUCGCCGUCCACCCCAACCGGGUCCGAGCAGAGCUUUGUGGUGCACAGCCGGGAGUCCUCCUGCGACUCCGGCGCCCUGCCGUCCCCCCUGCCGUCCCCCCUGCCCUCCCAGGAGCCUCUCCUGCUGCUGGGGGACGAGGGCGCUGAGAUGCUGGACAUGAGCGACAUCCAUCAGCUGGACGAGACGGCGAUCGCCGGGGCGCUGGAGACGGACCUCACCGAGGCGGACGGCCUGGCCGAGGGAGAGGACGAGCAGGAGGCGUCACACUCAGAUCUGGAGAGGCCCGAGCACGGCUCCUUGCGGAACUCCGCACAGGUUUGUGAGGCGGAGGAGCAGCGCGUUGAGCAGCGGGCGAGCGCAUCAGAAGCGAAAGCGCUGGAGGACCACGCGUGGUCAAGGACUGAGUGCCCAGAUCAGGCGAGUGACGCCGCCGUGGCGACGGGGGCGGAGUUUCAGUGUGAUGAUGCAGCAACAGAGGCGGAGCUUCAGGGCGCAUGUCUCAGGAAGAGUACGACCAGUGACAGCCUGGACGAAUACAUGGAGCAGUGCUGCCGUCUGAGUGAGCAGGUGAGCCAAUCGCAGGCGAGUCCCCUGGGGUCGGGCCUGGGCUACCUGGAGCACAUCUGCCAGCUCAUCGAGAAGAUCGGCCAGCUGCAGGAGCACAACCUCAAGCUGCAGAGGCAGAUCUGCGGCCUGCACAACGAGGGCCGCGUCACCAAGACCAAAGAGGACUUCUUCAUGCAGCACUGUAACUGCGGAGCGGCAAGUCUGGCAUUCCAGGAGGUGAAGCGACAUUCCCGAAGCGAUUUUCCAAGCGGGACGCUUUCCGACCUGACCACCAUCCCUGAGGUCACACACCACCCCCUGAGAGGAGUCAGAAGAGAUGGUGACUCGGUGUUCCUACCCAAUAUUCCGCUGUGGAGGCGUGGCCUAAACAGGCGGAGCUACACCGAGGGAGAAGCCCGUUACCUGGGCGACAGCGCAGAGGUUCUGUCUGCACCUCACAGAAGGCUCAGUGAGAACUACACGUGGGGGAAGGUGAAGGAGUUGGUCAAGAAGACGAAGCUGCGGAACCAGAACCGACUGGGCCUCUCGUCCAGCUCCCUCAAGAACUCCUGCCCCCAGCUCUACCGGCCUGACCUCGGCCCCCUGGAUCCCCCCAGGAGAGACCGGAACUCCAUGAUCGCCCUGGGCAACCAGAACAAGAUGGACUUCCUGUGGGCGCAGUAGUGCCACUCAGGGAUGUCUACCCCCCCAACCCCACACACACACACCCCCACACACCCACACACACCACCCUGUCCCAACCCCCCAGCACACACACCAGGGCUGAAGUGCUUCCCCGAAGAGGAUGACCGAGGAUGACCAGAAGUUGCACACCGCAGAAAGAGAGAGAGAGAGAGAAUGGAGAGAGAGAUGGAGAGAGAGAGAGAAAACAGGAAGAUGGAAAAGGGAAGGGAUGGAGGACAGCACGAGCUGUUUCCCAAACACACACUGACUCCGUGACCCUGUGAGCGUGGGCUGCCAUGCAGUUAAAGAGACAGAACACUCCUGCACAGCAACACACCCUGGGCCAGAUCCAGGCCAGAUGCGGGCCAGAUCCGGGCCAGAUGAGGAGCAGAUCCGGGCCAGAUGAGGAGCAGAUCCGGGCCAGAUGAGGAGCAGAUGAGGGCCAGAUGAGGAGCAGGCCCAGUGCGGGGCUCUGUGGCAGAGCUGGCUGCCGUGUGGGAACUGGAGAAGCUCAAGACUGUUGGAAUGUUGCUGUGAAGAGAGACGUGCAGCUUGUACAUGAGUGUUAUCUGUGUGUGUGGACACUCUUCCGAGAUGUGGACAUGAUGCUCGUGUUAUAUGGGAACAGUUGAAUGGGGAGGGUGUGUGUGAUGUGUGUUCCCAUGGGUGUGUACGGGCAUGGCCAGCCUUAUAAGGAUCAUCCCAAAGUCUCAAAAACGCAGUUAUAAACAAUCUGUCAAACACUCCAGUGUGUUACAUGUAAACUUUGUUAUUACGAGAUAGAUGAUAUUGUUUGUGUGUGUGUGUAUUACAUGUAAACAUUGUUAUUAUUAUGAGAUAGAUGAUAUUUUGACUUAAGCAUUAGAGUGGUGUAUGUAGUUGGAGAAUUGGUUAAAGAUUGUGUGUGUGUGUGUGUGUGUGUGUGUGUGUGUGUAUGUGUGUUUGUUUACAUACAGCAGGUAUAGACAUUGCUGUUAACAUGCAUGUGUGUGUGUGUGUGUGUGUUUGUUUACAUACAGCAGGUAUAGACAUUGCUGUCAGCAUGUGUGUGUGUGUGUCUUAUAAUGUACAUAGCAUCUGUCCUGGUGUGCAUAUGGGAUGUGCCUAUGUAUAUGAGCAAGUCUUUCUCACAGGGAGAUAACGUGCAUGUGUGUGUGUGUGUGUGUGUGUGUGUGUGUGUGUGUGUGUGUGUGUGUGGAAUUGGGUGGUCCCAUCCAGUCUAAAUCAUUUAGUGUCCGAUGAUCAAUCAUCUCAAUGAGGGCAGCUUUUAGGUCUCGCUGAAGAUGACUUGUGUGCAGCUUUCAGGUCUCGCUGAAGAUGACUUGUGCUGCCCCCUCGUUUGUCAAACGUUACGUAACGUCGGAGAAGCGUGCUGACGCUGACGAGGUCUCGGGGUCGGCCGGUUCCCCCGCAGGGCUCGGAAUGUUCAACAAGCCAACACCAUCCUUUACGGUCCGUCUGAGGAGGCAAAGUUCCGUGGUUGCCAAGGAACUAUGCACAGAUAACCCUGCCGGGGCAUGAUGGGGAAACCUGCCGUGCGGACAAACACACUCUCCAGGACGGGACGUUCCGUUACAGUCCGGGGGGGGG